CAUUAUUAUAUACCCUAGUGAAAUUUAAUUAUUCAAAGGGAGGUUUGAAUAAACGUGUUGAGAAUAUUAGAACAAGUUAUGAGUUGUCAGUUUUAAUUAGAGUUAACUAAGUGACUCUAUCGUUCAAAUAUAACUUAAAAUAGCUGAGUGCUGACCCUGGUUUAUAUAUGAUAUAUAAAUUUUAUAUAUAAAUCACGAUGGACAAAAACCUUAUAAAACCAAUUGCCGAAAAAAAGCUCAAAGCGUUCUCCAUCGGCACAAUCGGCAAAAGGCCAAUAAGCAAGAAAGAAAUCGAAGAGCAGCGCAAGAAAGAACAGGAUCAAGCUGCAGCCCAGAUUUUUGGAGAGUUCAUUGCAACCUUUCAAGACAACUCCACCUCAAAUGUUGGCAAAGUUUGGAUCAAAGCUGGCACCUAUGAUGCUGGCAAACAAUAUGAGGACACCAGAGACAAGGGAAAGGUGUACAAGCCGCAAUUAAAACUUUUAGACAAUGGUUCAAUUCAGGAGCACGAUAAAAUCAAGCUUUUUGCCUGCGAUGAGCCCAAGUUGGAAGGGCUCGGUAAAAAAAAAAAAGAGGUAGUAAAAAAAAAGAGCAAUCUUGAAUUGCUCAAAGAAGAGUUGAAAAUGAUUCACGAAGAGAGAGAGGGAAAGUACAAAUACCAAGGAGGAAGUGUAAAUUCUGUCUUGAUACAAAGGGGUGAUGCUAUGUUGGGAGCUGUUGAAUCAGCAGAAGGUUUGGAUAAUAGAGAUCCAAAUACAACGAACUUGUACAUAGGAAAUUUAAAUCCCACGAUGACUGAACAGCAAAUUAUGGAGAUUUUCGGAAAAUUUGGUCCGUUAGCUAGUGUAAAAAUUAUGUACCCCCGAAGCGACGAAGAAAGAGCAAGGCAAAGAAAUUGCGGUUUUGUUGCAUUUAUGUGCAGAAAAGAUGGUGAAAGAGCCCUGAAAAAUCUCCGUGGUCAAGAAAUCAUGUCAUAUCAAUUGAAAUUAAGCUGGGGCAAAAGUGUACCUAUUCCUCCAUAUCCAAUAUAUAUUCCUCCUGUGUUAAUGGAAAUCAUACAGCCACCACCUCUAUCUGGAUUGCCCUUUAACGCGCAACCUCAUCGACGUGAUAAAGACAAGAUACAAAGAAACUGUCAUUUUCAAAGUGAAGAUACUAAGGAAAUGGAAAACUUUAAAAAGGUUUUGCAGAAUGCAGUUGUUAAAGUUGUUAUUCCGACAAAUAGAAACUUGAUCAUGUUGAUACAUAGAAUGAUAGAAUUUGUUGUUCGAGAAGGACCCAUGUUUGAAGCCAUGAUCAUGAAUCGAGAAAUCAACAACCCAAUGUUUAGAUUUUUAUAUGAAAAUCAUUCUCCAGUUCACGCAUACUACCGAUGGAAGUUAUUUUCUAUUUUACAAGGAGAUACUCAAAAAGAAUGGCGUACGGAAGACUUCAGGAUGUUUCAGGGUGGUAGUAUUUGGCGUCCGCCGCCGAUGAAUCUUUGGACCCAAGGAAUGCCUGAUGGACUAAUUGAAGUGGAAGAAGGUCAAGAUCAACCAAGAGAAAGUCUUUCAGACAGUCAAAGAGAUAGAUUAGAAAAUUUGUUAAGAAAUAUCGUGCCAGAGCGACUGAAAGUUGCAGAAGCCAUGGUAUUUUGUAUAGAGCAUGCUGAAGCUGCAGAGGAAAUAUGUGAUUGCAUAUCAGAGUCAUUAUCGAUUUUGCAAACUCCAGUCAGUAAAAAAAUUGCCAGACUUUAUUUGAUAUCUGAUAUUUUGCAUAACUCUAGUGCCAAAGUUACGAAUGCUACAAUUUACAGAAAAGCGUUUGAGUCGAGAUUGUUAAAAAUUUCGAAGGAAGUUUACCAAGCUUAUAAACAAUUCGAUAGCCGAUCAAAAGCUGAAGCUUUUAAAGGGAGAGUCAUGAAAAUACUUGAAGCAUGGGAAGAUUGGUCAGUUUACCCUCGAGAAUUUUUAGUUCACCUUAAAAACAUUUUUUUGGGUCUAAAUCAGGUAAGGGAAGUUCAACAGGAAAAUAAAGAGAACAUAAACGGCACUCAGUUGUCAGACAUUGAUGGUGAUGCUGUAGAAGAUCUAGAUGGUAUUCCUUUAGACGGAGCUGCUUUUUUAAAAGAAGCUAUGGAGCGAGGACUUACUCCUCAAGUUUUAAAUAAUGACAGUAUCGACGGAAUGACAAUGGAAGAUGACAUUGAUGGAAUUCCUAUGGAAAGUAAUGAUGAUAGUGCAGAUUUUAAGAUCGAAGAUGUACAAAAACUGUCAUUGCCAGCUGGAUUUAUACCUUCGAAAUGGGAAACAGUCGAUCCCGAUCAAGUUCAGGCUCAAGCAAUGACGACAGAUAAGUGGGAAGAGCUUGGGCCAAACGAGAGAUUGAAUUUGCAAAGUAAAAGUAAGGACUCGAGAGACGACGUUGAAGAAAGACGAAAAAUAUUACGCGAGAUUGAAGUAAAGGCCAUGCAAUAUCAAGAUGAGUUAGAAAGUGGAAAAAGAUCACUGAAAGAAGGAAGGACAAUUGAAUCUCAAGUGGAUCACUAUCGUAAGAAACUCAUAAAAAAGAGUGAACGAAUGAUGAAAGAAAAUAAUAGUGAAGAUAAAGAUGAUGACAGACGAAAAGAUAAACGAAGUUCUCCAUUAGACUCAUCCUCUUACAGAAGUAGAAAACACAGCAAUCCGAGCCCACCGUCAAAAGGAGGUAAUAGAUAUCUUAGUCGAUCCUCGCGAGAACGAAGGUCUCGCUCACCGUGCACUAAGUCAUUACAGUAUACACCUUCACCACCUCGAGUAAAACGGUCACCUUCUCCUACAUAUUCGAGGAGGUUUUUGUCUCGCCAAUCGCCAACUGAGCGCAAAAGACGACGUUCACCCGCAUUGUCACCUACUUCCUCGAGGUCUUCGAAAUACAGAGCUGCCAGUCCUACAUCACCUGUACCAAGAAAACACUACCACAAGCAUAAAUAUUAG